AUGCCAAUUCAAACAUUUAAUGAAUAUUGUACACAAUUAAAGCUAUUAAUAAAAAAGAAUUUAUUAUUAAAAAAAAAGAAUAAAUGUGGUUUAGUAUUUGAAUUUCUUGUACCAACAGUUAUUAUUAUAAUAUUAUUUAUCGUAUUAUUAAUUGUAAAAGAAUAUAAUAAAGAAUAUCCAAUUGAAUCGAUUGUAGCUUUAAGUGCGAUUGUAAAUAGUACAUCAACGAUUCUCUAUGGACCUUUGAAUAAUAUGACAAAAGAACACUUUGGUGUCAUCGAGAUACUAAAGUCAAAUACAGUGAUGACCAGUGGUAAUAUAGUUGCUGACCACUUUUUCAUACCGUUUAACAAUCAACUUGAAAUGGAUAACUAUUUCGAGUCGAAUGCAGAAUCGGUUCUCUGUGGAAUUUGGAUGAAUGAAUCCAGUAAUGCCAACGACUUUGCCUACAGUAUAAGAAUGGAUUCCGUUAAGCUGCCCGAUACAACCAUCCUCUACAAGACGAAACUGUCGUCGACGCUCUACACGUUCUCCAACUUUCAGGCUGUGCAACUGGCUAUGGAUGCCUCGAUCAUGCAAUACUAUGGUGUCAACUUGAUGUUGAACGCCAGUACGAAGCGAUAUCCCAAUCCUCUCGAUGAGGAAUGGCAGGUUUGGAACGAAGGUAGAAGAACGGUACUCCUGAAUGGCGGUGCCAUGUUUCUAACCGCUGCUUUCGCUGUCUAUGUAUUCCGACUGACGAAUGACUUGGUGAUAGAGAAGGAAACGAAAAUCAAAGAAGGAAUGCGUAUGAUGGGUAUGAGGGACUCGACUUACUAUCAGAGUUUUCUGAUCUCAUCGCUCAUGGUUUCUCUGCCGAUUCUCUUUAUCAUGUUUGGUAGUCUCGUAGGCAGUGAGGUGAUAUACCACGCCAACAAAUGGGUGUUUUUCUUUAUAUUAUUUUUCUAUUUACUUUCUCUGCUGGUUUGUUCGAUUAUCUAUUCCAUCUUUUUCGAUCGAUCACGUUACUCUGGUGUACUGUCGUAUGCAAUAACAAUGGGUCUCGGUGGUGCCGGUAUCUACGUUGCGCAAUCCUCCAUUUCUCGAGUUGGAAAGGGUUUCCUCUCUUUGAUUUCACCUAUUGGUUUCGCUUGUGCAAUCUACAGUAUGGUCAUCGACGAUAUGAUCGACCUUAGAAACGAAAAUCCUAUUGACAGAUCACUACUCUUGACACCAUCACAAUCACUUGGUAUCCUGAUAUUUGACAUUCUCUUUGAUGCAAUACUCCUUUGGUAUUUCGAUAAUGUUUGGCGUGGAGAAUACGGUACACCUCGACCGAUGCUCUUUUUUCUCAAGAAAUCCUACUGGUUUCCUUCGGCUGUCGCCUACGUUGAGCAUCCACCCAUCAUUGAGAACGACAUGGUAGAAACGGUAUCCGAUGAUCUCAAACAGAAUAUCUCAAUCUCCAUUAGAAACUUGAAAAGAGAUUUCAACACAAAGAUGGCAGUCGAUGGUCUCAGUCUUGAUAUGUACCAGAAUAUGAUUCAUGCAUUCCUCGGUCAUAAUGGUGCCGGUAAGAGUACAACCAUUGGUAUUCUUACAGGUCUCAUUCGAGCAUCCGACGGUGAUGCAUACAUUCACGGAAUGUCAAUCACCAACGAAAUGUCAAAUAUUCGUCGUAAACUAGGUGUAUGUCCUCAACACGAUAUCGUUUGGAAUCAACUAACUGUUUUAGAGCAUCUUGAAAUCUACGCUGCAUUAAAAGGUGUUGAAAAUUCAAGUGUAGAAAGUGAAGCAAUCAAUAUGGCAAAAAUGGUUGGAUUAGGUGGUGAAAUGAAUUCAUCAGCAGGUAAAUUAUCAGCAGGACAAAAACGUAAAUUAUGUUUAGGAAUUGCUUUUAUUGGUAGAUCAGAAGUAAUAUUGAUAGAUGAGGUUACCUCUGGUAUGGAUCCGAAAUCAAGAAGAGAGGUUUGGGAUUUUCUUCAUGCUUGGAAACAAGGUCGUACUAUCAUCCUUACAACUCACUAUAUGGAUGAAGCCGAUAAUCUUGCAGAUCGUAUUGCAAUUAUAUCAAAGGGUAAACUGAGGUGUGAAGGUAGUUCGCUAUUCUUGAAAAAGAAAUUCGGUCUCGGUUAUCUCUUGACACUUACCAAGAUGACAGACUGUCAGACUCCAAUGGUAACGGAAUUCAUCCAACAUUUUAUACCGGAUUGUGUAAACCUCUCGGAUGCAGGCUCCGAACUAUCCUAUCGUAUUCCUACACAUGCCGCCGAUAGUUUCCCAAUCUUUUUCAAAUCGCUAGACGAACAAAAGCAUCUCAUUGGUAUUGAACAUUAUGGUAUUUCACUUACAACACUCGAAGAGGUUUUCCUUCAAAUUGCAAAUGAAAAAACAGCCAACACCGAAAAUAAUAAUAGUCCAGUAUUAAGUAGUAGCGGUACUACAAAGAUAUCAAUUGAUACUAAUAGUAAGAAAUUACCAUUAGAGACAUUGAUGAUUGCUGCAGACCAUCCAAACAACUAUCUACAAAUGUUUGGUUUGUUUGUCAAGAAAUAUCGUGUCUCCAAGAAUGACUAUACCAUGUUUAUGUUGGCAAAUAUUGGUCCAUGGAUGUUGAUUUCUCUUGCUAUUAUUUGUCUUAAAUUUGUCAAAAUUCAACCACUCUAUGUCGAUAUCGUCACUCCGAUAACCUUUGAUUUCUCUCAAUACAGCGGUCUCAAUGGUUUACCAAAUUAUCUACCAAUACAAACGGUCGACGGAAAUCUUUCACUACUCAAUCGAUCACCUUAUUUCAAUCAAGUGGUCACCGUACCAUCCGAUAUCAAUAUGGAUCAAUAUUUACGAGAUAAUCAUUUCUUAGACAGUGCUGGAUCGCUUGCUUUCAACCAACCAAUCGGAUCUCUCGUCAACUACACAGUCUAUUAUAACAAUGACUAUCCACAUGCAUCACCAACCGUUAUGAAUGUAGUCAACAGUGCAAUCCUAGAGAAACUAGCCAAUGUAUCUAUUGUAACCGGUAAUUUCCCAUUCAAACAUGUUGCCAAUACGAUAGAGUCAUUCUUUGGAACAUCCAAUUUCAGUGCAUCCAGCUACUUUAUCAUUUUGGCCAUGGCUGGAUAUUCGUUUAUGAUUGCUUCAUUUGGUGCAUCGAUAUCCGCUGAAAGAGAAACACAACUAAAGAGUAUCCUCUACGUAUCUGGUUGCAAAAAGUAUAUCUAUUGGCUUUCCAAUUUAAUGUGGGAUACAGUGACCUCCAUUGAAAUCUGUCUUAUCAUUAUCGGUAUCUAUUCAGUGGAUCACCGUCUCAACAGUAAUAUCGGUUUACUUAUUAUGGCACAAUCAUGGUUUUGCUUGGGAACCAUCCCAUUGUCCUACUUGAUGUCAUACAACUAUACGAAAAUCGGUAAAGCAUUUGGAGCCAUCUAUGGUAAGCUGUUUGGUGUUGGUCUUCUCUUCAUGGCCGUUGGCACAUGGACUCGUGUCUAUGUUCAUGGACAAUACUUUAACUAUGGAAAGGAUCUCGUUUAUCUUUCUGAUCUACUGGAUUGCAUAUUCUAUCUAAUCUCACCAGUCUAUUGUCUGGGUCAUAUAUUUUCAUUUAUUUUACAAUACCCUGGAUCGCUUCCACCCAACGCUACCGUAAUACCUAGUUUAUGGUCGAUGGAUCAAUCAGGUCUACCAUUAUUCUUUUUGUCACUCCAUUUCUUGGUAUGGUCAUUGAUCGUACUUUUGAUUGAUUACCGAAUGGAAAUCAAAGGUAUCCUCAAGUCCAAGUGGAAACGUAAAGCAGCAAUUUCACCUGAACCACCUUCUUAUGAGGAUCCAGAUGUUGCAAUGGAAAGAAUUCGUUUGAGUAUGGUCCUUGAAAAAGGUGAAUACAAUGAUUCAGUGAUUCUCAAAGAGCUCCAUAAAACAUUCCCAACCAAAGGUCAAGAAAAAAUGGCAGUCUACAAUACAUCGUUGGUCAUUAGUCCUGGUGAAAUAUUUGGAUUACUUGGUCUAACUGGUGCAGGUAAAACAACAACACUCUCGCUCUUGGCUGGUGAUAUUCAACCGACUGCCGGUACAGCACUGAUCAAUGGUUUCGAUUUGACUACCCAACGUACACAAGCAUUGGAGUCGGUUGGUAUUUGUAUCCAAGGUGAUUCACUUAUUCAACUACUCACAGGUAGAGAACAUCUUCGAUUCUAUGCAAGAAUCAAAGGUAUCCCACACAAGAAAAUUGAAUCAGUCAUUAAAUCCUAUAUUAUAUCGAUGGAUCUACUUGAUAUUGCUGAUGAGCUUGUUAGAACCUACAGUGGUGGAAACAAGAGAAAACUUGCUCUAUGCUUGGCACUCAUCGGCAGUCCAUCUGUUUUGUUCAUCGAUGAAGCAAGUUCAGGUUGUGAUCCUCAAGUUCGAAGACUCAUGUGGAACCUGAUCUCUCAAAUGAGUAAAUCCAAAAAGAUUAUCCUGACCACUCAUUCAAUGGAGGAAUGUGAGGCGCUUUGCCAACGUGUAGCCAUUAUGAAGUGCGGUAGAUUAAUGUGUCUCGGUUCCAACCAACAUAUUAAAUCUAGAUUCUGUAGUGGUUACUCAUUGGAUAUCAAAUUUAAAACCAUUGCCAUUGAACAAGGUGUACAAGAGAUUAUGGCUGCACUUCCAACUGCUCAACUCGUCGAUUCUCAUGACCUGAUAGCCAACUUUGAAAUACCGGACGGCCAUCUUCAAGUAUGGCAAAUUUUCCAAGUGGUUCAACAACUUUCACAAUUUGUAGAAGACUACUCUGUAUCUCAGACAGGUGUAGAACAAGUUUUCCUCAAACUCACAUCCGAUUAUUUCGAAUCUCAUUAUUUAAUCUACGCCAAUCAACCUAUUGCCAACAAUGUUUAUACAGAAUUUUAUCCUCCCAACUUUACACAGUCAAACAAUCCUGAUCAUCCAAAUGUAGCAAUAAAAAUGCAAAAUCUUUAA